AGCUCUGUGUUGGGCGACGCAGUGAGGGAGCGGGUAGGGGGACGGAAAUGGGAAAAGGAAAGGUGUUUACUGCUUUGGACCCUACCCCUUCCAGCACCCCCUGACCCGCACUUCGUUGACUACCGAAUUAGUUUUCGGGUUUCAGCUUUUUUUGAAUUACAGAAAUGUAGGUAAGGUCUUGUGGGCCUGUAACAACUAACAGAGUGCCUUUAACAACUAACAGAGUGCCUGCUGUGUGCCAAGCACUAAGUACCUGAUGUCAUCAAUUUAAAAAAGAGGAAGACCCUCAACCAGAUGGAUUGACACACUGGCUGCAACAAUGGGCGCAAGCACAGCGAUUACGAGAAUGGGGCAGACCCCAGAAAUGUUACAUUCUGUUUUACGUAGAGUGUCGCUCUGAGUCGGAACGGACUCCAGGGCACCAAACAACAACAAAGGAAGAAAAACUCUUCCAGUUGAACUAUGAUUCACUGUAAAUAUGUCAUGUAUUGUAAGAUGCAUGCUGCUUUCAGAGAUGAUAUGAUGUAACUCUUAGAAUUGCUUCUGUAGCAUUAAAUGAAACUAAGAGAGUUAAUAAUGGCAACACAGCUACAGAAGACUCCCCUCCUGCAAAGAAAACUCGAAGAUGCCAUAAUCAGGGGGUGAAAAAGGAACCUGUGGCUGAAGGCAAGGCUGAAAAUUAUGACAAGACAGAAGACAAGCAAGGCCCAUGUAUAUUGUGAAGGGAAUGAUGUCUACGAUGUUAUGUUGAAUCAGACCAAUCUCCAGUUCAACAACAACAAGUACUAUCUGAUUCAGUUGUUAGAAGAUGAUGCCCAGAGAAACUUCAGUGUUUGGAUGAGAUGGGGCCGAGUUGGGAAAACAGGGCAGCACAGCUUGGUGGCUUGUUCAGGGGACCUCACCAAGGCCAAGGAAAUCUUUCAGAAAAAAUUCCUUGACAAAACGAAAAAUAAUUGGGAGGAUCGUGAAAAGUUUGAGAAGGUACCUGGAAAAUAUGAUAUGCUACAGAUGGACUACGCUACCAACACACAGGGUGAAGAGGAAACAAAAGAAGAGGAAUCUCUUAAAUCCCCCUUGAAACCAGAGUCGAAGCUAGAUCUUCGGGUACAAGAGCUGAUAAAGCUGAUUUGUAAUGUCCAGGCCAUGGAAGAGAUGAUGGUUGAGAUGAAGUAUGACACCAAGAAAGCCCCACUUGGAAAGCUGACAGUAGCACAAAUCAAGGCAGGUUACCAGUCUCUUAAGAAGAUUGAGGAUUGUAUUCGGGCUGGCCGGCUCGGACGAGCUCUCACGGAAGCAUGCAACGAAUUCUAUACCAGAAUCCCACAUGACUUUGGACUCCGUACCCCUCCACUAAUCCGAACAGAGAAAGAACUGUCGGAAAAAGUCCAACUAUUAGAGGCAUUGGGAGACAUUGAAAUUGCCAUUAAGCUGGUGAAAACAGAGCUGCAAAGCCCAGAACACCCAUUGGACCAACACUAUAGAAACCUACAUUGUGCCUUGCGCCCUCUAGACCAUGCGAGUUAUGAGUUCAAGGUGAUUUCCCAGUAUCUACAGUCUACCCAUGCUCCCACACACACUGACUACACCAUGACCCUGCUGGAUGUUUUUGAAGUAGAGAAGGAGGGUGAGAAAGCAGCCUUCAGGGAGGACCUUCCUAACAGGAUGCUGCUCUGGCAUGGCUCCAGGCUGAGUAACUGGGUAGGAAUCCUGAGCCAUGGGCUUCGAAUUGCCCCAGCUGAGGCUCCCAUCACAGGUUACAUGUUUGGAAAAGGAAUCUACUUUGCCGACAUGUCUUCCAAGAGUGCCAAUUACUGCUUUGCCUCCCGCCUAAAGGACACAGGACUGCUGCUCUUAUCAGAGGUAGCUCUGGGUCAGUGUAAUGAGCUACUGGGGGCCAAUCCUGAGGCAGAAGGAUUACUUCAGGGCAAACACAGCACCAAGGGGCUGGGCAAGAUGGCUCCCAGUCCUUCACACUUCAUCACCCUGAAUGGAAGUACAGUGCCCUUAGGACCAGCUGGUGACACCGGAGUUCUGAAUCCAGAGGGUUAUACCCUCAACUACAACGAAUUCAUCGUCUAUAACCCCAACCAGGUCCGUAUGCGAUACCUUCUGAAGGUUCAAUUUAAUUUCCUGCAGCUCUGGUGAAUAUAUUGAAUAAACCAGAGACUAUAUGAUCUUCAAUCAAGGAAAUAGGCCAUGUUGAAUUUUCUGAUAUUUUAUGUAAUAAAACUGUACAUAUCUA